AUGGCUCAUGAAACGACAGUGCGUUUUGGCAUUUUAGGUUGUGCUCACAUCUCCAUCAAGCUUUGCAAAGCCAUAAACAAAGCACCAAACGCCAAACUCCAAGCAAUAGGAAGCCGGUCCCUCGAGAAGGCGGCGGCGUAUGCGGCCGAGCACGGCUUGCCGGAGGAGGUUAGGGUUUAUGGGAGCUAUGAAGCUGUUUUGGAUGAUGAUGAUGUGGAUGCGGUUUACAUCCCUCUUCCAACGAGUUUGCACGUGACAUGGGCGGUUAGAGCAGCGGAGAGGCGGAAGCACGUGCUUCUGGAGAAGCCGGUGGCGAUGAACGUGGCGGAGCUUGAUCGGAUUCUUGAGGCUUGUGAGGCAAAUGAGGUGCAGUUCAUGGACGGUACCAUGUGGAUGCACCACCCUCGAACGGCUAAAAUGAAGGAGGCUUUGUCUGAUGAUCAACGUUUUGGUCAACUCAAAUGGAUACAUACUUGCCUCACAUACAACCCUGGUCCUGAGUUUCUCAAAAAUAGCAUUAGAGCAAAGCCAGAUUUAGAUGGUCUUGGUGCACUAGGUGACACUGGUUGGUACUGCAUUCGAGCCAUUUUAUGGGCUGUGGAUUAUGAACUUCCAAAAUCAGUGCUUGCAUUUCCUGGAGCCAUUCUCAAUGACGAAGGUGUAAUAGUAUCAUGUGGCUCUUCCAUGCAUUGGGAAGAUGGAAAAUCUGCCACCUUUCAUUGUUCUUUCUUAACUUACAUAACCUUUGAUGUAACAGUUUUGGGCUCAAAAGGGUGUCUUCGCCUCAACGAUUUUACUCUUCCAUUUGAAGAAAAUUUUGGGUAUGGCACUUUUUUAGAGGCCUCAGAGUUGGAUUAUGGGAAAAUUGAACCUGGAAGGUGGUGUCCAAAGCCUAAUGAGCAUGUUGUGGAAACUGAGUUUUCUCAAGAUGUUUGGAUGGUUAAGGAGUUUGCUGAUUUGGUUCAAAGGGUUAAGCAAUGUGAAAUGAAGCCCGAAAAGGCUUGGCCUGUUUUGAGUAGAAAGACUCAAUUAGUGUUGGAUGCUGUGAAGGAAUCUAUUGAGAAAGGUUACAAACCUGUUGAAAUUGUGAGUUAG